GAUUUUUAAGAAAUUGUAUGUCUUGCUGGGGUGUUACAGCAGACCAGAACGACCUGUCCCAGGACACUGACUGUUAUGCACAGCCAAACGGGCUGGAAUUGGAAGACCUUACAGCAGUCACUUUGGAGAUGCUUCACUAUUUAAAGCAAAAAGGGCCAUCAACAAAGGGUAUUUUUCAAAACAUUGACAAUAUAAAGUCAUUUCUAUGUCUAAAGGAAAAAAUUAUGUUUGGAUAUAUAUUAAAUUGUGAGAAUGAGUCUCCACUUGUCGUGGCAGCCGCAUUAAAGGAUUGUCUUCGAAUAAUCCCUGGUACUCUUUUUACAACGGAACUCUAUGAUAAAUGGCUUCGUGUUCUUGAUGAGGAUGAGGAGAAAGUCACAGAAAUCAAAAGGCUCUUACAAAACCUGCCCGUAUGUAACUUGGAUAUCCUCAGACAGUUAUUUUCGUGUUUGCAUGAGAUUUCUAAACAAGCAUCCUUCAACCUCAUGAGCGCACCAAAGUUAGCUUUUUGCAUCACAACAAGUAUAUUUCCGCUCUGGACAUCUACAUCAAAUUUGGAAAGUGAAUUACUUAAAAAGAUAUCUAUCGUUGAGUUUUUUAUUGAAAACUAUGCACGAAUCUUUGAAGAACAUAAUGAUUUGCUGCUUAGAAAGAGCUGGGAAAAUCCCAGUACCAGCUUUGGGAGCAGCACUGAACAGGAUAAAAUUGUGUGGGAACCAGAAAACAGCACAGAAUUGACAUCGAACACCAGUCUGGAUUCGGGCACGGAUCCAGAAUUGACAUCGAACACCAGUCUGGAUUCGGGCACGGAUCCAGAAUUGACCUCAAAUACCGAUGUGGAAUUGAGCAGUGAUCUAGAGAUCCUGAACGCCACGAUGGAUUCAACCUCAGACUCAGAUGAUGUCCUACCAAUAUGGAGUCUGAUGCCUUGUCAGAUCAUGUAAUAUGGCUACCAACAUUGAUCCAGAACCAG